AUGUACCAACAGUGUUUAAUUUUGUUAGCGGUCACGUCGACAGUUUUAUGUGACAAAGAGAAAUAUGUGAAUAAAUGUUGUGAUUCAGACCAAUAUUUGGGCCCAAAAAAAAUAUGUAAGCAAAUUGAAUACAAGACCAAUAUGAGUUUUUCUCAAAUAAAAGUGUACGACGAAAAUAAAAACGACAUAGGGAAGUCCGUGGAAGAUGUGUUUCGUAUCAUUCCAAACAGGUUUAAGGAUAAUCAUACAUUCAAAAUGGUCACUGUCAAUGUAGAGCGGCUGAAUUUCAAGACAUAUAUUACUGAGACUGGAGUUCUUAUCAUGGAGUUGCCAAACGCCUACGAUCGCUACACGUAUAUCAAAGUCAAUGACUACUGCAUUGAUUACAGUCUUGAUCCUAAAACUAAUAAAACGACAGUUCCAGAAUAUAGAGUAGUAUUACCCAUAAAUGAUAAUCAAGGCAACCUGGCAAGCAAAGCCUACGUGGCUAUGAUGAUAUCCUGUUUCUUCAUGAUGCUGGUGCUGAUAGUAUACAGUUUGCUGAAGCGGCUCCGAAACUUAUCUGGUUUGGUGCUCAUGUCUUACAUCAGCAGUUUGUUCAUAGCUUUCGCGCUGUUAAUCGAUCUCCAAAUGAAUCCGUCUACUAAAGAAAAAUGCCUAAUGUUGACGCUGGGCAUCUAUUACUUCUUCCUGGCGUCGUUCUGUUGGAUGAACGUCAUGUCCUUUGACAUAUGGUGGGGUGUUAGACGCCCGACGCAGAUGUCAACGUUUUCGAGAAGGAAGAAGCUCUCCCGGUUUCUGAAGUACAGUCUAUAUGCUUGGGGAGUCCCACUUUGUAUGACUAUCUUUUUCGUGGUAGUAAACUCAGUGGACAUGAGUGACUACCCAUGGUUUGUCACUCCGGGCGUACCCGAUAGAGGUUGCUUUCUUCUAGGUGGUGUCAAACUCCUGUACCUGUAUUACCCUUUGCUGAUACUGAACUUCUGCAAUUGGUUGUUCUUCGUAAUGACCUUGUUGGGCUUUUUGUCCCACAAUCGACGGACGAAUGUGCUGGACACGGCGGCUGCAGGCAGUCAGCAGAAACAUCGUCAACUGAAGAACCAAUUAAUCCUCUACUCCAAGCUGUAUGUGGUGAUGGGCUUGAAUUGGGUGCUAGAAGUAAUAAGUUUCAUGUACCCUGACAUCAAACUGCUGUGGCAAAUAACCGAUUAUUACAACAUCCUUAUAGGAGUAUCAAUAUUCAUCAUAUUCGUUUGCAAGAAGAAAGUGUUGGAGGAAAGUCAACGAUGUCUGGGGACAAAGCUAAGAGGUUUGCAUUCGUCUUUUGUUAAUUUUCGAAGCAAAGAAGCGAAUCCAAGUAGCGUUUCUAUGUCUGUGAGACCGACAAGCCAAACACAUCAUUAUAGUGCCGUGCCAGAAACGGCCGUCUAAAACAUAUGCCUAAUUUAAUACGCUUUAAAGAUCUCAACAUUGUUUUUGUAAAGUAAAUAUCAUUUAUCUAUACUAAUGUUAUAUAGAGGAAAACUUUGUUUGUUUGUUUGGUUGUAAUGAAUAAGCUCAAAAACUACUGAACGGU